AUGACCAAUAUGAUUUUUGACAAUGAAAUCAUUGGAUCAGACGAAGAAGAAAUCGAUAUAGAAGCUUGCUCCAGCAAUGAUUCUAUGAGCCAAGAUGAUGCAGGCGGCCCACGAGUGACACAUCGCUGGUCAUAUAGAUCUCACAAGAAUUUCCUUGGAAGUUUUCGUGAUAAUGACGAGAAAAAAGAUAGCACAAAAAUGGAUCGGUAUGAUCCUAAGCUGUCAAGAAUAACGUUUGCCGUCAAAAGUGUCUUGGAGACUUCGACAGCGAGUGAUCUGUGCGUGAAUAUACCACCACGAGUAAAAAUUCGCGAUGAAUACACCUCAACCAAUUUUGACACAUCAUUAAUACAUUUUUAUACAGAAGAAGAAUGCCUUGACGAAUUUAUGAACAGUGAUGAGUCGUCUUUGGUCGCAGAUGAUAUGAGUGAUGGGAAUUAUUUCAGGUUUGACCUUGAUAAUUUCACAAUAUACGAUAAUACUAAGGAAGCCGUUGACAUUUGGAAUCAAGGAAAGCCACAACAAAUUUUCUGGGAUGGCUUCAUUAUUGAAGGUGAAAGCAAAUUAAUGUGCAAAAAAGCAUUCUAUGCAAACUUUUCCUUAAGUGGUUUUGGAAUCGAUUUUUCAGAUGUAGAGGUCAUGUUUCAAUCAUGUGUUAAUGGAGAG